GCAGAGCGGAAAAUACCCCUGAUCUAAAGAAGUGCACCGGAUUUCUGCUUGCUGUUUGUGCUGUUGCGUGUACGUUAAACACCCGAAGGAUCGCCGCUUAAUAGAAAUGAAACGUGGAAAGGAUGACUAACGACAGAACUGUGAAUUUGUUCCCUGGAGUUGCUAAUUUGCCACCCCGAAGCAACACAUAUCUCAAGGAGGAAGCGUUUGACUGCUGCUGAUUUCUCCAAAACUGGUGGUUUACCAGAUGCAUUGUGCUUUAUCUGCUGGAACAGAUCAUUGCUUAGCUGCAGCAGAUCGUCAAAGGUAGACAACCAACUGCUGUCUCCAAGUAAGAAAUGAGAUGUAAUGCAUCCUGCAGUCCAUGCAUGCCUCCUCUUGCAAAUCGCGCAUCAUUUCUCUGUGGAAACCUUUAAGUCCUAAGAUCCAGGAAAAGAGAAUAAAAACAUUAUCAUGGACCUGAGGGAUUUUUACCUGUUGGCCGCUUUGAUUGCCUGUUUAAGGCUGGAUUCUGCUGUAGCUCAAGAACUUAUUUACACUAUUAGAGAGGAGCUGCCCGAAAAUGUCCCCAUAGGAAACAUACCAAAGGACCUGAACAUUUCUCACAUCAAUGCUGCCACGGGGACCAGUGCCAGCCUUGUCUACAGACUGGUGUCUAAAGCAGGGGAUGCCCCUCUGGUCAAAGUGUCCAGUACCACCGGAGAAAUCUUUACGACAUCUAACAGAAUAGACAGAGAAAAGCUCUGUGCCGGCGCUUCCUAUGCAGAAGAAAAUGAGUGCUUCUUUGAACUUGAAGUGGUGAUUCUCCCCAAUGACUUUUUCAGGUUGAUCAAAAUAAAAAUAAUUGUAAAGGAUACUAAUGACAAUGCACCUAUGUUUCCAUCCCCUGUCAUCAAUAUCUCCAUACCAGAAAACACUCUGAUCAACAGUCGCUUUCCAAUCCCGUCAGCAACAGAUCCUGAUACAGGUUUCAACGGUGUGCAGCACUACGAGUUGUUGAAUGGACAGAGUGUCUUUGGACUGGAUAUUGUAGAAACUCCAGAAGGAGAGAAAUGGCCUCAACUGAUUGUGCAGCAGAACUUGGAUAGAGAGCAAAAGGACACCUAUGUGAUGAAAAUCAAAGUGGAGGAUGGAGGUACCCCGCAGAAAUCCAGCACAGCUAUCCUGCAAGUCACAGUAAGUGAUGUCAAUGAUAACAGGCCAGUUUUUAAAGAGAGUCAAGUAGAGGUCCAUAUACCAGAAAAUGCCCCUGUAGGCACCUCCGUAAUUCAGCUUCAUGCUACAGAUGCAGACAUAGGAAGCAAUGCAGAAAUCAGAUAUAUUUUUGGUGCCCAAGUUGCCCCUGUGACCAAAAGAUUUUUUGCUUUAAACAAUACCACAGGGCUGAUCACAGUUCAGAGGUCCUUAGAUCGGGAAGAGACUGCUAUUCACAAAGUGACCGUGCUGGCUAGUGAUGGUAGCUCUACACCAGCUCGGGCAACCGUUACCAUCAAUGUCACUGAUGUAAAUGAUAACCCUCCUAACAUAGACCUCAGGUACAUUAUAAGUCCCAUCAAUGGCACAGUGUACUUAUCUGAGAAAGAUCCUGUCAAUACAAAGAUUGCCCUAAUUACAGUUUCAGAUAAGGACACUGAUGUGAAUGGCAAAGUGAUCUGUUUCAUUGAGAGAGAGGUCCCCUUCCACUUGAAGGCAGUUUACGACAACCAGUAUUUGUUAGAGACCUCUUCCUUGUUGGACUAUGAGGGCACCAAAGAAUUCAGCUUUAAAAUUGUUGCUUCUGAUUCUGGCAAGCCCAGUUUGAACCAGACUGCCCUGGUAAGAGUUAAACUGGAGGAUGAAAAUGACAACCCUCCGAUUUUCAGCCAGCCUGUAAUUGAGCUGUCAGUUUCUGAAAACAACCGCCGUGGUCUAUACUUAACAACUAUUAGUGCCACAGAUGAAGACAGUGGGAAAAAUGCAGACAUUGUUUAUCAGCUUGGCCCUAAUGCCUCCUUUUUUGAUCUGGAUCGAAAGACGGGAGUUUUGACAGCCUCCAGAGUUUUUGACAGAGAAGAACAGGAACGAUUCAUUUUCACUGUUACAGCCCGAGACAAUGGCACCCCUCCUUUGCAGAGUCAAGCAGCUGUAAUUGUUACUGUCUUGGAUGAAAAUGACAACAGUCCCAAAUUUACUCAUAAUCACUUUCAAUUUUUUGUAUCGGAGAACCUACCAAAGUAUAGCACUGUGGGAGUGAUCACGGUGACUGAUGCAGAUGCUGGGGAAAAUAAAGCGGUGACCCUUUCCAUCCUGAAUGACAAUGAAAACUUUGUGCUGGAUCCAUUCUCUGGAGUUAUAAAAUCCAAUGUUUCUUUUGAUCGAGAACAGCAGAGCUCCUACACCUUUGAUGUGAAGGCAGUUGAUGGGGGACAACCUCCUCGCUCUUCUACAGCAAAAGUAACCAUAAAUGUAAUGGAUGUUAAUGAUAACAGUCCUGUUGUCAUUUACCCGCCUUCUAAUACUUCUUUUAAGUUAGUGCCACUCUCAGCAAUUCCGGGAUCAGUGGUAGCAGAAGUGUUUGCUGUAGAUAUCGACACUGGAAUGAAUGCUGAACUGAAGUACACAAUAGUAAGUGGAAAUAGCAAAGGUUUGUUUCGGAUCGAUCCAGUGACAGGUAAUAUCACUCUGGAAGAAAAACCAACUCCUAGUGAUGUGGGGCUGCAUCGCUUAGUUGUCAACAUAAGUGAUUUGGGUUAUCCCAAAUCCUUGCAUACUCUUGUGCUUGUAUUUUUGUAUGUGAAUGAUACUGCUGGAAAUGCCUCUCAUAUUUAUGACUUGAUACGCAGGACAAUGGAAACACCUUUGGACCGGAACAUAGGGGACAGUAGCCAACCCUACCAAAAUGAGGACUAUCUCACGAUCAUGAUUGCUAUUGUGGCAGGUGCAAUGGUUGUUAUAGUGGUGAUAUUUGUCACAGUUCUCGUUCGCUGCCGGCAUGCAUCCAGAUUCAAGGCUGCCCAGAGGAGCAAGCAAGGUGCUGAAUGGAUGUCUCCCAAUCAGGAGAACAAGCAAAACAAGAAAAAGAAAAGAAAGAAAAGGAAAUCUCCGAAGAGUUCUCUUUUGAACUUCGUGACCAUUGAGGAGUCCAAACCUGAUGAUGCAGUUCAUGAACCUAUCAAUGGGACAAUAAGCCUUCCAGCGGAGCUGGAGGAGCAAAGUAUAGGAAGAUUUGACUGGGGCACUGCACCACCAACAACCUUUAAGCCUAACAGUCCUGAUCUUGCCAAGCAUUACAAAUCUGCCUCUCCACAGUCUGCUUUUCAUCUCAAACCUGACACUCCAGUUUCAGUGAAAAAGCACCACGUGAUUCAGGAACUCCCGUUGGACAACACCUUUGUUGGUGGUUGUGACACCCUUUCCAAACGCUCUUCCACUAGUUCAGAUCACUUCAGUGCCUCAGAGUGCAGUUCCCAAGGAGGCUUCAAGACAAAGGGCCCCUUACACACCAGACAGUCCCAGCGCCGUGUUACAUUUCACCUCCCCGAUGGCUCCCAGGAAAGCUGCAGUGACAGUGGUCUGGGAGACCACGAGCCAGUGGGUGGUGGAACCCUGAUCUCACACCCUCUCCCUCUGGUUCAGCCGCAGGACGAAUUCUAUGACCAGGCCUCACCGGACAAGAGGACUGAAGCUGAUGGCAACUCUGACCCCAACUCGGAUGGGCCUCUAGGGCCACGAGGAUUAGCUGAAGCUACAGAGAUGUGCACGCAAGAAUGCCUGGUUUUGGGUCAUUCAGAUAACUGUUGGAUGCCUCCCAGCUUGGGAUCAUACCAACAGCCAAAGUCUCCUCUCUCUACCUUUGCACCUCAGAAAGAAUGGGUUAAGAAGGACAAACUAGUUAAUGGACACACAUUGACCAGGACCUGGAAAGAAGAUAGCAACAGAAACCAGUUCAGUGACCGAAAGCAGUAUGGUUCCAGUGAGGGCCACUUCACCACUGGUAAUCACAUGACUGACAUUCCUCUGGCAAAUCUGAAGUCUUAUAAACAGGCCUCGGGAGCUGUUGAGGGUCCAAAGGAGCACCAGCUAUAA